ACAUAUCUUUAAGCAAAACAAAAUGUUUUAUUCUCGUUCUGUAAGAUAUUUUUCAAUAAAACAAGUUACAAAGCCACCUAUCAAAUAUACAGAUACAAUUAAUUUACCAAAAACUAGCUUUCCUAGCCGUCUUAGUGCAGCGAAACGUUUGGAAAUAGAGCGUCAAUUGGUUGCGGGGGUAUUUUCCGAAGCCUAUUGCUACCAACAGCAGCAUAAUCAUGAGCCAACGUUUGUCCUACACGAUGGCCCUCCAUAUGCAAAUGGCGACCUGCAUAUGGGUCACGCUGUAAAUAAGAUUCUUAAGGAUAUCACUAUUCGUCAGCAUGUGGUUAGAGGCCAAAAAGUCCAUUACAAACCUGGUUGGGAUUGUCAUGGCCUGCCCAUUGAAUUAAAAGCAACAGCUUGGAAGGAAGAUAAAAAUAUGAAAACCAAAGCUCAAGAUGCGCUGAGCGUACGAUGCAAAUCGCGCGAUUUCGCUUUAAAGGCAAUGUUCCGUCAAAAGGACGAAUUCUGUUCUUGGGGUAUUUUAAGUGACUGGGUAAAUGAGAAAAGCGUAUAUCUCACACUGCAGCCGGAUUUUAUAAUAAAUCAAUUAAAAAUGUUUAUGGAUUUCUAUGAACGUGGAUUGGUUUACCGGGACUUAAAACCGGUCUAUUGGUCGCCGUCAUCGAGAACUGCUCUAGCUGAAGCAGAACUGGAGUAUGAUACAAAUUUUGUCAGUCCAUCAUUAUACGUACGAUUUCUACUAUCAAACAAACCAAAGAGUUUGACGUGGACAGAAAAAAGUAAUAUAUAUGCUUUAAUUUGGACCACAACGCCAUGGACACUGCCAAGCAAUCAAGCAAUUUGCUAUAAUUCAACCCUUGAAUACAGUGUUCUUAAAUUGCCUACUUUCGGCAAUGACCUAUAUAUUAUUGCCACAAGUUUAUUGCAAAACUUUGAAGAAACUACGGGCAUUCCGUACAAGCGAGUUCAAAUUUUAGGGGGUACGGAACUAUCUUCAUGUACAUACCAACACCUAUUUUUCGGAGAGCAGAAGAAUUUACCUUUCUUCGCAGCUGAACAUGUGCAAGAUUCGAAAGGUACUGGUUUUGUGCAUACUGCACCAGCGCAUGGACCUGAAGAUUUUUUGAUUGGUCUCGAAAAAAAGUUGCCAGUGAAAUGCUACGUUAACGAAGAUGGUGUAUAUUCUUCGGACGCCCCUGCCUUUUUGAGGGGAAAAAGUGUGCUUGGGGAAGCUGAUGAAUUAGUGUUAGAAAAUAUUGCAACAGAGGUGAUAUAUGCAGGCAAGCUUACACAUUCGUAUCCCAUUGAUUGGCGUACUAAAAAACCUGUGAUUAUACGUGCCAGCGAGCAAUGGUUUAUGAAUACUGAAAAACUAAAAGAUCGAGCUAUUGAAGAGAUAAGCAAAAUAAGUGUUUAUCCACGUGUACAAGCAGAUGCGAGUAGAAAAGCGCUGAUGGCACAAUUGCGCAAGCGUCCAUAUUGGUGUAUAUCACGCCAACGCGUUUGGGGCGUGCCGAUACCAGUUUUUUACGAGCGCGGCACGAAACGAAUUUACCUUAAUAACACUUUAAUCGAUCAUAUCUGCGCGCUCAUAGAAAAGGAAGGUAGUAUUGAUUUCUGGUGGUCAAAAGGUGUCGAAGAAAUAUUACCUGCGCACGUUUUGGAUCAAUUCAAUAAAAGUGCUACUGAUUUGGAAAAAAGUGUAGACAUAUUUGAUAUAUGGUUUGAUUCCGGUAGUACAUGGUCAAGUGUGCUCCAAGGGGAAAAAGUUGCUGAUGUCUAUCUUGAAGGAUAUGAUCAGUUUAGCGGCUGGUUUCAGUCAUCGCUUCUGACAAGUAUUGCGGCCAGAAAUCGGGCACCCUACAAGUCAAUCUUUGUGCAUGGUUUCACGGUGGACGAAAAGGGCCACAAAAUGUCGAAAUCCCUUGGCAAUGUAAUAUCGCCAAAUGAUAUCAUUAAGGAAUAUGGUGUCGACGCAUUAAGGUACAAAAUUAUAUGCCAAAUAUCCCUGCUCGAAGUUUACUUUUCACUUGAAAUUCUUAGGUGGUGGGUGGCUUCGCAUGGCGCACAAAAUAUGUCGAUAACCGUAAGUGAUAAGUUGUUGCAGCAAGCGGCGCACAACGUUAGCAAAAUACGUGCUAUUUUACGAUAUUUAAAUGGUGUAAUCGGUGAGAUAUCAGAAGAAAUUCAAAAUGGAAUUGAUAGCAGAAGCAUCCACUUAAACCGUUAUAUUUUAAGCGCUUUGGUGGAAUAUGAAAAUGAGAUACGGCAAUUAUAUGAUGCCUGCGAAUACAAUCGUGUGGUGACCAGCGUGCAAAACUUUACCGCAAAUGAAAUUUCAGCCAUAUAUGUACAUACAAUUAAGGAUCGUCUCUACUGUGGCGACGAGACGGACUUGCGUAAUAUACGUUACACGUUACUUAACUGCUAUAAAAUACUUUGUAGUACUCUGUGGCCCAUUGCACCCUUUAUGGUGGAGGAAAGUUGGCACUAUUAUGACCCUAAAAGUGCGUUUCAUCAACAAAAUUUUAACGCAAGCCCAGCCUGGAAGGAUUCUAAUGCUGAAAAGGCUAUAAAUGCUGCACUCGAGGUUAAACGUUUAAUUAAUCAGCAGGCUGGCAGAACAAAUUCAUUUAAUUUAGCAGUAGAAAUCGCAAUUAACAAAAACAAUAAGCAAAUGAAGCUACUUAUGGCGUUGCAACAAGAAGUGGGAGUUCCUGUGUACAGCUCUGAACUGUGCGAAUUACUGCAAGUUCAAACCGUAACGCUGCAACCAUCCAACAUGGAUGAUGCAUGUAAUGUUAAAAUACAAAAGUUAGAAUUAAAUCUAUGUGCGCGCUGUAGACGUUUCGCAGUGGAAAGUACUGAUUGCGUUUGCGCACGCUGCGCGCAAGUUUUGUCUGGUAAAUAAAUCAUGUGUACUGAGUCACGGAGCUUACGGCGUAAAGACUGUUUCCCGCCACAAAUUAUGUGCGUCUCGUUAUCAUCAAACCUAAUGGUUGUAUCCUCAUUGACCAAAUGCAGCGUUAUUGUAUUGCCAGCGCGUUCCAUUUUAAUAUUUGUAAUGCCGUCUUGCAUUAGACGUUUUUUAAGCAUUUCUACAUCUAAGGUACCAUACUCGUACUUCAUAUUCUUGAGCACAUCCUCUCUGCUUGGGGGAGGCAUUUUACUGCUACUCGGCUUAUCAUCUGUUGUUUCCGUGCAUGGUUGUAUAUUGUGC